AUGACCGUUGUACAAAUAAAAUUUAAGGUUAUCAAAAAACGAACAAAUGAAUGUUUGAAUUUUGAUUUGCGACGAUUGCGUGCGGAAAAUUAUUUUGAGAUAACGCUCCAUCAAGCGAAGAUCAAUAAGCACGUGGUAAUCCCUCUUCAUGGGACCAAUGUUCCCCUGCUAGCUUGGCGAUGUAGCAGAAAAGAGUAUGAAAAAGAUAAUAAUGUUAUAGGGAUGAUGGUGGAGAUGGAGAGAUGGAAGGAGGGAAAGGGAAGUGGUCGUGAUGUGAUGAUGGUAAAGGUGAUGGCGAAAGAGUGGAACGAAUUUUCACGGUGUUCUAAGAGGGUAUACGACACUUGGAUGAAAAGCAAUCUAAUACUGUCAUUGCACAACUCCUGCGAUUUUAACUGA